CUACGAAGCCCGUAUGAAGUUUUGUGGCAGUGUUCCGACAGAAGCAGUCCAUCGACCGAACUGUAAGGAGUCCGAACCGAAGAAGCCCAGCUUCCGACCCAAAGCGUUCUGCUAUGGGUCACGAGGCGACCGGGUUCAGGCCGCCGACGGCGGAUAGGGACCGCCCCGACGCUGGCGCCGCGGCCCCUCGCUCCCGCCUCCCCCGCCGCCGCCAGAUACGCAAGACCUUCAACAACCUCAAGGUCACCAUUCUCUGCGGCGUCGUCACCAUCCUCGUCCUCCGCGGCACUGUCGGUAUCGGCAACCUCGCCGGCUCCGGCGGUGACGCCUUCACCGCCGACCAGAAGGUCGUCGAGGACAUCGACCGCAUCCUCCGCGAGAUACGCUCCGAUUCCGACCCCGACGACGAGGACCAGAUCCCCUCCGGCUUCAAUUCCACCACCGCUACCGCCCUUAACUACACCUCCUCUGACGCCCUCUUUGCCGCUGCCGCCGCUAACUACACCCUCGGCCCCAAGAUAUUCGACUGGGACGUGCAGCGGCGACGGUGGCUGGCGGAGAACCGGGGGUUCCCGAGCCAAACUCCAGCCGGAAAGUCGCGGAUCCUCCUCGUCACCGGAUCGCCGCCUAACCCCUGCGACAAUCCAAUCGGCGACCACUACCUCUUGAAGGGGACCAAGAACAAGAUCGACUACUGCCGCCUCCACGGGAUCGAGAUCGUCUACAACAUGGCACACCUCGACCGGGAGCUCGCCGGGUACUGGGCCAAGCUCCCGCUGAUCCGGCGGCUGAUGCUGUCGCACCCGGAGGUGGAGUGGAUCUGGUGGAUGGACAGCGAUGCGCUCUUCACCGACAUGGCCUUCGAGAUCCCUCUCGACCACUACGCCGCUCACAACCUCGUCGUCCAUGGCUACCCUGAUCUCAUUUUCGAGAAGCAUUCCUGGAUCGGCCUCAACACCGGAAGCUUCUUGCUGCGAAAUUGUCAGUGGAGUCUCGACUUGCUCGAUGCCUGGGCGCCAAUGGGACCUAAAGGCCCAAUUCGCGACGAGGCCGGCAAGAUGCUCACGGCAAACCUGAAGGGCCGGCCGGCAUUCGAGGCGGACGAUCAAUCGGCGCUCAUUUACUUGCUAUUGUCGCAGCAGGAUCGGUGGGGCGACAAGAUCUAUAUCGAGAAUUCAUAUUACUUGCACGGAUAUUGGGCUGGGUUGGUGGAUAGGUAUGAGGAGAUGAUGGAGAAGUAUCAUCCAGGCUUAGGGGACGAGAGGUGGCCAUUCGUGACGCACUUUGUUGGCUGUAAGCCAUGUGGUAGCUAUGGGGACUAUCCUGUGGAGAGGUGCUUGAGAAGCAUGGAGAGAGCUUUCAAUUUUGCGGACAACCAGGUGUUGAGGAUGUACGGGUUUGAGCAUGGGAAUCUGGCCAGCCCCAAGAUUAGGAGGACCGAGAAGCAAACGGCGAAGCCAUUGGAGUUCUUGGAUCAGCUCAAUCUUGAAGCCAGGGUAGAAACCAGAGGGUGAGGAAGGCCAUCUAUAUAAUCCUUGUGCCGCAAAAUCUCAGGUCAGCUUUGCUUUAUGUUAUUUCAUUUGAUGAUGUUUAACAUGCUGUAAUAUAAGUUUUAAGCUUUUAGAUUUCUUGUUUGUUUAGGGUUUUUAUGUAGGAAGGAAUAUGGACAGCAAGGGAUUAUUUUGUAACACCUUCAAAUGUUUUCUCUUACAUUCUGUGUAAUGAUGAUCAACAUGUUCCAAUGACUAUCUUUUGAACAGGAUUAAAACUUUAAAGGAUGUAACUCAUUUUUUUUGUUGUGUUUAUUAGAGAAAGAUGACAGAGAAACCCUUGUGGCUGAUAACAUGAGAAAUUUACUAGAAACAGAGGAAGCACCAUUUUCUUAUAGAUCUCUUCAUGUCAGAAGGCCAUCUUAAUUUUGCAGUAGAAUCCCUAUCCUUAGCUUUUUGACUCGGUAAACAAUAUUAGCUGGUGAAGAACUGAGAAUUUCGGAAAAGGAACCUAACUUAUGUGUCAAUAAAAAUGAUCCUCUUGAGCACCUUCGUUGUCCAAUUUUUGGACUUCUUUUCUUCUAUGAGCUCAGACUAUUACACUUCUUUUGCAGAAUAUUACAUAUGAAAUCACUUGUUUUACUUAUCAAGAUGCUUGUGGCUUUCUACUUAAGCUAGUUUCUUCCAUCUACAUUCAUUGUGAGUCUGUGAGAGAUUACAUAACAUAAACAAUAUAGCCUUACAGCUUUCUCAAACAGUGCUUAUAGUGCUUCAGGGAUCACAACUUACUAUACCUUAAAAGGUUUGUAGAAUUAGAGUGUCAUGAUUGGAUGCAACUUACCUACUAAUUCAAUUAUAUGGAUAGAAUAGGCCUUUAAUCACAUGAUCUAAAAUGGUUUAGACGAUCACUUGUAGGCCACUCUAAUCUCGUAGACCAAUUUGAUAUAUCAUUAUUUUCCAAUGUGGGAUCACAAAAUCACCACCAAUCUUUGCCACUCAAUGGUCUGACAUCUUCGUUAGGGUCCACAAUCCAAAAUCAUUCCCCAGUGGCACUGCAAUAAUAACUUCAUAAGGUAGGAAAUUACUAUUGUCCCGCUAAUCAACAAAUCCAUAGUUCUAACAUCACCCUACUACAUUUUGUCACUAGCUAAUCAAUAAGAUCUACUAGUCCAAUAUUUUUCAGUAAAACAAGAGUUUACCAUGUCAUCUAGAUGCCUAACUCGAAAUUACUUGUAAUAAAGCCACGAAGCCCUAUCCAUCGGUUCGAUCCAUCAUUUUCUGAAGUGAAAUUAUUAUCAUUAUGCUAAUGCUACUACUUCCACCUAGUUGUCGUUUAUCAUUACCCAUCAUUUUGUCUUCCUCUAUCAUUUUUAUUGGGAAUCUACUGAAAUAUUUUUUUUUGGGAUUAAUGAAUCACAUAGAAGAAGGAUACAUUUUUUUUAUUUUCUUCAUUUCCUUCUUUUUAAAUUUUUAUUGACACCUAUAUUGCUCAUGCCUCAUUUGGGAACUUCUUAGAUUCAUUCUGCAAACUCAUUUUGAGUGCAACUACCAAGGGUGAAACUUUUGCCCUUUCUGACUUGAUAAAUUGGGUGAUUUUUCUAUCUUAUGCAAACUACCAAGGUAUUAUUUCAUUUAUUAACACAAACAGUGUUGGUUACCUUUGAUCUUACUCAAAUUACUCCAUCUUCCAUCUCUUUGCAUGCUACUGUGUGCUUUCCUUGGCAGUACUGGAUUGAAAUUGCAGUAUGGGAGUUCAAGCAUUAAUCUUCUCUGAUGGUGGAUAUUCAGAUGCUUCUAAAGUGCUUCUUUCUCGCUCUUGAAUGGAGAAGUACCAUAUGACAGCCACUGAGGAGAACAAAGAUUUGAGUGCAAAAAUCACCCACCAUUUUUCAGUCUUAAAGAAUGGCAAGGUUUUAUGCUACGGUGAUUCUCGCUGUUGACUGUGUUUGGUGAAUUGUUGGACAAAAGCCUCCGACUGGAAAAUAUUCUACUUCGAGAAGAUGGCAGGCAAAUGCUGUCUGACAACUACAUCUAAUACUUAUCGAACCUUUGAGGCCCUAAUGCAAUGAAAUGCUCUUCCUUCAGCUAUCAGUUGCCUUCAAAUUUCAUGUUGAUGCUCAUCUGGCAGUUCUCUUUGACAUGGUGGGAAUCUGGUAGCUGAUACUUGGACUAUCUUAUCUUCUUGACAUACCACUGCAGCUUGCAUGGCACUAAUGGAUAUUCCAUUCUUUUUGUCAUGAGAUUAUUGAAUGAUCUUAUUGAAGAGGCAAAUUUCUUACCAAAGGUACUGAAUUAAUACAGUUCAUCAGUAAUGGAGCACACCAAGUUUGAUUGCAGUGAUUCA